AAACUAGAGGUUUGCUACGACUAUCCCUGGUCACCAGGAGAAAUGUUAUCGAUACCAUAUUUCACGAUGGUGCGAUGUAUUUCGGAGCGAUGGCAUUGUCCAAUAUACCGAACAUCCUGACGUACUACGUCAAUUCAGUGAGCAUGGACUCGCGUUCUGUAUUAGUUUGACUAUUUCCUGAUGAGUGGCAAGGGUAUGAUGAGUGGCACCCUCGGCGCAUUUACUAGUUGCAUGUCCGUUACUCUCAUCUCCCGGCUAAUGCUUAACCUGCACAAAUCUAUCGACACUGGCAUUUUCUCCACCCUCGCCCCGGACGACGAGAGCCUCACUGUCAUUACCACCGGGGUCAAUGUACAGUCCGCGAUUUCCUCUUACCAUUGGUAGAUUGGUAAUGGAUUCUGUUUAUGGAUGCGAAGUUGCGGAGAUUGUUGUGGGACUGGAACCGCAGGUAUAGACGACGCCACACCCGCGCCGGUGCGCUUAUUGUAAAUCUCAUCUUUGGAUGUGCCCUAUAUGUAGCCAGUAUGUUCAAUAUAAUGUACAAGCCGUGAUGUCUGGUC